CUAGUUGGAGAGUUAGCAUUGAUUGAGCGAUACUCUAUCACAGCAGCCUCUGGUGGUUCAAUUAGUGCGGACUGUUCUGGAGCGCCAUCUCUCUCGACACAGACGUCGUCUCCAGAAACGCAUGCCGCACCGGAGAAUCUAAAUCAGCCAAUUGGCCAUGCCCUCCGAUCAAAUAUGAAUGCAUCCCAACAUUUUCCUAUGCUCUCAAAUUCUAUCAAGGAAGACCCUUCGGCUUCUAUAGACCAGUCGGCUUUGCCGCAAGCGCAUACACCAUCGGGUGAAUCUAAUACUUCAGCAUAUGACGAUAAGCUGAGUGGAAUAGCCGCCACUGGAUCGGAUGGACUACUUGAACAAAAAAUAUUUCCUGGUAUUGUGCAUGAGAGAGUUCAAAGAGGGAAUGUUUUAGGUCGACCUGAUGACCUCGAGGAAAAGGAAAGCAAAUAAUAAUAACCUACAUAUACUCGAUAUUCAGUCAGAUAAUAUACUACAGAUUUAGCCAUCAAUAGUAUAACCGCUGUCAAGCCCAAUAAAUGAGUUUCGCAGCGGAUCAUCUCUGACAAAAUUAGAACCCAAGGGUACA